AUCGGGGCAUUAGGACCGCUCGGUAUCCUGUAGCUUUGUGUCGUAGUAUUGAGAAGUGAACCAGAUGACGCUAGGCCGGCUAGUUUAUGAUAGCCUUUCCGUUUGGUAUUGGUGAGAGAGGAGGCAUUCGUGUCAGCACAGAUUAGAACAUAUUUAGUGUCAGGGUGUAGCCAAAUCCAGCCAGCUAGCUAACCUCGCUAGCCGCAGACAGACAUACAAGCAACACUGUGAACGAGGCCCUUGGGAAUUACGAACCGCUAGCAAGUCUGAUAAUUGAGUUUUUGCAAGAGGACACCAACGUUGCCUAGCUCGCUGGCUUGCAAAGCAGCACUACAAGUAGCAUUGCUAGCUAGGUCAACAGACCACGGCGUUAUUAAAGAUGAAUGGCAUAUGUAUGAAGAACGAGGGUAUAGAGGGGACAGAGAGGUUUGCUAGCCCGGGGAAGGGCAGGGGACUGCGGGCUGUGAAGCACUUCCCUGUCGGAGACCUCGUAUUUGUCUGUCCUGCCUAUUCCUACGUGCUGACGGUGAAUGAGAGAGGAGCGCACUGUGAAUACUGCUUCACCAGGUAUGGACCUGUCUGUACAACUGUCAGAACAUGAUGGCUUUGGGUUGUAGAAUAGAAAUGAGAUCUAAGAGUUAUAUUUGUGGUUCUAUCCAGCUACCUGGCCAACCUCAUCUUGCAUGAAAAUGAUAUUUAUCUCUCUGUGUGUCACUUGACGUAGGGCUAGUUGUCGAUAUUUCUAAGGUGUUCUCAAACCACCAUAACAUUGUAGCGAUCGUUUUACAUCCUUGGAAGGCAUUGUGACUAGAAAUGGACGUCACACUCACCCCUCACCAUGUGGGUUCAGCAUGGCUUUCAACAGCUAACACACAAACACACAGUUGUUUCAUCAGAUCAGGCCCAUUCAGUAUCUGGCUCAGCUUGUUGUUCAAUCAUGAAUGAACGAAGUUACUUUGACACACACACACACACAUUGAAUCAACUUGAGGUGCUGUUCUAGUGACUACUAGGGAGAUUCCCCUGAUCUAGGAUCAGUUUUCCCUUUUUAGAUCAUAAUGCACAAGAUUAAAUGGACAGGGUUAACCUGUUCAUAGAUCAGCACUCAUAGUCUGAGACGUUUUAUGAAUAAAGGUCCAGUUCAUUGACGUCAGUGCAGAUGGAGAGGAGACUACUAGAGAACAGCUAGGAGUGGAGAGGCGACUACUAGAGAACAGCUAGAAGUAGAGAGGAGACUUCUAGAGAACAGCUAGGAGUGGAGAGGAGACUACUAGAGAACAGCUAGGGGUGGAGGGGAGACUAGAGAACAGCUAGGAGUGGAGAGGAGACUACUAGAGAACAGCUAGGGGUGGAGGGGAGACUAGAGAACAGCUAGGAGUGGAGAGGAGACUACUAGAGAACAGCUAGGAGUGGAGAGGAGACUACUAGAGAACAGCUAGGAGUGGAGAGGAGACCACUAGAGAACAUCUAGGAGUGGAGAGGAGCCUACUAGAGAACAGCUAGGAGUGGAGAGGAGCCUACUAGAGAACAGCUAGGAGUGGAGAGGAGACUACUAGAGAACAGCUAGGAGUGGAGAGGAGACUACUAGAGAACAGCUAGGAGUGGAGAGGAGACCACUAGAGAACAGCUAGGAGUGGAGAGGAGACUUCUAGAGAACAGUUAGGAGUGGAGAGGAGACUUCUAGAGAACAGCUAGAAGUAGAGAGGAGACUUCUAGAGAACAGCUAGGAGUGGAGGGGAGACUACUAGAGAACAGCUAGGAGUGGAGAGGAGACUACUAGAGAACAGCUAGGAGUGGAGAGGAGACUUCUAGAGAACAGUUAGGAGUGGAGAGGAGACUUCUAGAGAACAGCUAGAAGUAGAGAGGAGACUUCUAGAGAACAGCUAGGAGUGGAGGGGAGACUACUAGAGAACAGCUAGGAGUGGAGAGGAGACUACUAGAGAACAGCUAGGAGUAGAGAGGAGACUUCUAGAGAACAGCUAGGAGUGGAGAGGAGACUUCUAGAGAACAGCUAGGAGUGGAGAAGAGACUACUAGAGAACAGCUAGGAGUAGAGAGGAGACUUCUAGAGAACAGCUAGAAGUAGAGGAUACUUCUAGAGAACAGCUAGGAGUGGAGAGGAGACUACUAGAGAACAGCUAGGAGUGGAGAGGAGACUACUAGAGAACAGCUAGGAGUGGAGAGGAGACUUCUAGAGAACAGCUAGGAGUGGAGAGGAGACUACUAGAGAACAGCUAGGAGUGGAGAGGAGACUACUAGAGAACAGCUAGGGGUGGAGAGGAGACUACUAGAGAACAGCUAGGGGUGGAGGGGAGACUAGAGAACAGCUAGGAGUGGAGAGGAGACUACUAGAGAACAGCUAGGAGUGGAGAGGAGACUACCAGAGAACAGCUAGGAGUGGAGAGGAGACUACUAGAGAACAGCUAGGAGUGGAGAGGAGACUAUUAGAGAACAGCUAGGGGUGGAGGGGAGACUAGAGAACAGCUAGGAGUGGAGAGGAGACUACUAGAGAACAACUAGGGGGUGGAGAGGAGACUACUAGAGAACAGCUAGGAGUGGAGAGGAGACUACUAGAGAACAGCUAGGAGUAGAGAGGAGACUACUAGAGAACAGCUAGGAGUGGAGAGGAGACUACUAGAGAACAGCUAGGAGUGGAGAGGAGACUACUAGAGAACAGCUAGAAGUAGAGAGGAGACUUCUAGAGAACAGCUAGGAGUGGAGAGGAGACUUCUAGAGAACAGCUAGAAGUAGAGAGGAGACUUCUAGAGAACAGCUAGGAGUGGAGAGGAGACUACUAGAGAACAGCUAGGAGUGGAGAGGAGACUACUAGAGAACAGCUAGGAGUGGAGAGGAGACUACUAGAGAACAGCUAGGAGUGGAGAGGAGACUUCUAGAGAACAGCUAGGAGUGGAGAGGAGACUUCUAGAGAACAGCUAGAAGUAGAGAGGAGACUACUAGAGAACAGCUAGGAGUGGAGAGGAGACUACUAGAGAACAGCUAGGAGUGGAGAGGAGACUACUAGAGAACAGCUAGGGGUGGAGAGGAGACUUCUAGAGAACAGCUAGAAGUAAAUAAUAAAUAUAAAUAAUUGGUCAUUUAGCAGACGCUCUUAUCCAGAGCGACUUACAAGAGCAAUUAGGGUUAAGUGCCUUGCUCAAGGGCACAUCGACAGAUUUUUCACCUAGUCGGCUCGGGGAUUAGAACCAGCGACCUUUCGGUUACUGGCACAACGCUCUUAACCACUAAGCUACCUGCCGCCCUAGAGAGGAUACUUAGAGAGUAGAGUAGAGAGGAUACUUCUAGAGAACAGCUAGGAGUGGAGAGGAGACUACUAGAGAACAGCUAGGAGUGGAGAGGAGACUACUAGAGAACAGCUAGGAGUGGAGAGGAGACUUCUAGAGAACAGCUAGGAGUGGAGAGGAGACUACUAGAGAACAGCUAGGAGUGGAGAGGAGACUACUAGAGAACAGCUAGGGGUGGAGAGGAGACUACUAGAGAACAGCUAGGGGUGGAGGGGAGACUAGAGAACAGCUAGGAGUGGAGAGGAGACUACUAGAGAACAGCUAGGAGUGGAGAGGAGACUACCAGAGAACAGCUAGGAGUGGAGAGGAGACUACUAGAGAACAGCUAGGAGUGGAGAGGAGCCUACUAGAGAACAGCUAGGAGUGGAGGGGAGACUAGAGAACAGCUAGGAGUGGAGAGGAGACUACUAGAGAACAGCUAGGGGUGGAGAGGAGACUACUAGAGAACAGCUAGGAGUGGAGAGGAGACUUCUAGAGAACAGCUAGGAGUGGAGAGGAGACUACUAGAGAACAGCUAGGAGUGGAGGGGAGACUACUAGAGAACAGCUAGGAGUGGAGAGGAGACUACUAGAGAACAGCUAGGAGUGGAGAGGAGACUGUGGUCCUCUGUAGCUCAGCUGGUAGAGCAUGGCGCUUGUAACGCCAGGGUAGUGGGUUCGAUCCCCGGGACCACCCCAUACGUAAAAAUGUAUGCACACAUGACUGUAAGUCGCUUUGGAUAAAAGCGUCUGCUAAAUGGCAUAUUAAAGAUCAGCUAGGAGUGGAGAGGAGACACUAAACUGCUGCUUUGUAGGGACACGCACUCUAUUCAAUUUAAGGGCUUUAUUGGCAUGGGAAACAUAUGUUAACAUUGCCAAAGCAAGUGAAGUAGAUAGUAAACAAAAGUGAAAUAAACAAUAAAUAUUAACAGUAAACAUUACACUCAGAAGUUCCAAAAGAAUAAAGACAUUUCAAAUGUCAUAUUAUGUAUAUAUACAGUGUUGUAACGAUGUGCAAAUAGUUAAAGUACAAAUGGGAAAAUAAAUAAACAUAAAUAUGGGUUGUAUUUAUAGUGGUGUUUGUUCUUCACUGGUUGCCAUUUUCUUGUGGCAACAGGUCACACGUCUUGCUGCUGUGGUUGCACACUGUGGUAUUUCACCCAAUAGAUAUGGGAGUUUAUCAAAAUUGGGUUUGUUCUCUCUCUCUCACACACACACACCUCUCUCAGCACCUAUUGCAGCAGUUGUGAGUUUCAUUACAGGAGAGAUAAGUGCUGACAAAAACAGUCGCAGUCUCUAUAAUACUAACUGUUGGUAAAAUGUAAAAUAGGUCAGCUACACACGCAGACAGAUGACGGCUACAGGCUGAGACAGAGAGUGGAGCUGAAACCACUUUAGGUUGUUGAGACACAACGGUAUCUAUCUGGUUUGGUUCUGGAAUCAUUCCUGAUUCUCUAGGAGAGGAGAGGCCUUUUAUAUUCACAUACACACACACACACCACAGACAUACACACACACACACCACAGACCUACACACACACACCACAGACCUACACACACACACCACAGACCUACACACACACACCACAGACCUACACACACACACACCACAGCCCUACACACACACACACACACACAACAGACCUACACACACACACAACAGACCUACACACACACACAACAGACCUACACACACACACACACCACAGACCUACACACACACACCACAGCCCUACACACACACACACACAACAGUCUCACUUGUUUCUGGAGACAUGCCCAGAUUUAUAUAUACAGUACCAGUCAAACAUUUGGACACACCCACUCAUUCAAGGGUUUUUCUUUAUUUUUACUAUUUUCUACAUUGUAGAAUAAUAGUGAAGACAUCAAAACUAUGAAAUAACACAUAUGGAAUCAUGUAGUAACCAAAAAAGUGUUAAACAAAUCAAAAUAUAUUUUAUAUUUGAGAUUAAUCAAAUAGCCACCCUUUGCCUUGAUGACAGCUUUGCACACUCUUGGCAUUCUCUCAACCAGCUUGAACUGGAAUGCUUUUCCAACAGUCUUACAUUUACAUUUUAGUCAUUUAGCAGACGCUCUUAUCCAGAGCAACUUACAGUUAGUCUUGAAGGAGUUCGCACAUAUGCUGAGCACUUGUUGGCUGCUUUUCCUUCACUCUGCCUUCCGACUCAGAGUGGAAGCCAGGUCAUCUGAUGCAGCACUCCAUCACUCUCCUUCUUGGUAAAAUAGCACUUACACAGUUAAGUGUCCCUUGAAUUCUAAAUAAAUCACAGACCGUGUCACCUGCAAAGUACCCCCACAUCAUAACACCACCUCCUCCAUGUUUUACGGUGGGAACUACACAUGCGGAGAUCAUCCGUUCACCCACACCGCGUCUCACAAAGACACGGUGGUUGGAACCAAAAAUCUCACAUUUGGACUCCAGACCAAAGGACACAUUUCCACCGGUCUAAUGUCCAUUGCUCGUGUUUCUUGGCCCAAGCAGGUCUCUUCUUCUUAUUGGUGUCCUUUAGUAGUGGUUUCUUUGCAGCAAUUCGACCAUGAAGGCCUGAUUCACACAGUCCCCUCUGAACAGUUGAUGUUGAGAUGUGUCUGUUACUUGAACACUGAAGCAUUCAUUUGGGCUGCAAUUUCAGAGGCUGGUAACUAAUGAACUUAUCCUCUGCAGCAGAGGUAACUCUGGGUCUUCCAUUCCUGUGGCGGUCCUCAUGAGAGCCAGUUUCAUCAUAGCGCUUGAUGGUUUUUACGACUGCACUUGGAGAAACUUUCAAAUUUCUUGAAAUUUCAUCUCUUCAUCCUUCAUCUCUUAAAGUAAUGAUGGACUGUCGUUUCUCUUUGCUUAUUUGAGCUGUUCUUGCCAUAAUAUGGACUUGGUCUUUUACCAAAUAGGACUAUCUUCUGUAUACCCCCCCCUACCUUGUCACAACUGAUUGGCUCAAACGCAUUAAGAAGGAAAGAAAUUCCACAAAUUAACUUUUAAGAAGGCACACCUGUUAAUUGAAAUGCAUUCCAGGUGACUACCUCAUGAAGGAGGUUGAGAGAAUACCAAGAGUGUGCAAAGCUGUCAUCGAGGCAAAGGGUGGCUACUUGAAGAAUCUCAAAUAUAACAUUUAUUUUGAUUUAACACUUUUUUUGGUUACUACAUGAUUCCAUAUGUGUUAUUUCAUAGUUUUGAUGUCUUCACUAUUAUUCUACUAUGUAAAAAUAAAGAAAAACCCUUGAAUGAGUAGGUGUGUCCAAAUGUUUGACUGGUAGUGUCUGUAUAGGAUAGUGACCUUUCUCUGCACCAUUUGCCCUUAAGAGAGAUGGGCGAGAACAACCCACACUAGAACGUUGUGUGUGUGUGUGUUUGAGAGAGAGAGAGAAUAGUGGUGUAGGGGAAUGUGUUUCCUGCCCUUUCUAUUGCUGAUGUCACCCCCCCCCCCCCUCCCCCCCUCCCCCCUUUCUAUCUCUCUCUGCAGGAGGGAAGGACUCUCCAAAUGUGGCAAAUGUAAACAAGCUUACUACUGCGAGAUCGACUGCCAGGUAUAGUGUAUAUGUAUCCACCACUGUACUUUAGGGGUUGAGAAAACAGUCCCAGUCAUAAAUCUACUCCCCGGGGAAAGUGUGCGCCCCUUAGGCGUGUUAGUGUGUGUUUCAGAGACACUGAGCCCUAGCCACUAGGGAAAGGUCAUCGUGAACCCACACCACCAGUGGAACGCCACUACAGAGCUAAAUUCAACAACCCUCUGAAACAUGCCCAGAGCUGUGUUCAACAACUCUGGGCCUCCCUCUGAAACAUCAUGGCCUAGAGUUGAGCUGUGUUCAACAACUUGUAGUUCACGAGGGGCUGUUCCUAGCCAAUACAAUUGCAGUGGUUCCAACAGCUCAGUGGGUUAAACCAGAUGUUCUCAAUCCUGGUCCCUGGGACUCCAAGGGGUGCACAUAUUUGUUUUUUUCCCUAACACUACCCACCUGAUUCCACUAAUCAACUCAUCAGCAAACCUUUAGUGGAAUCAGCUGAGAGGUGCUGCUACAGUGUAGGGCAAAAAAAUAAUAAUAAUAGUGAACCUUUUUUGGUCCCCGGGACCAGGAUUAAGAAACACUGGGUUAGGACACUGUACUUCUGGCAAAACCAGAGUUGUGGGUUCAGUUCCCCUGCAUAGGCCACAUAUAAUAAAUAAUAUAAUAUAAUCAUGUAUUGUAUAAUGUAAUGAAUGCACGCAUGACCGACCUAAGUCAUUAGGAUUAAAGCUUCUGUUAACUGGCGCAUAUUAACAUAUACAGUGAGGGGGAAAAAAGUAUUUUGUACGUUUGCCCACUGACAAAGAAAUGAUCAGUCUAUAAUUUUAAUGGUAGGUUUAUUUGAACAGUGAGAGACAGAAUAACAAUAAAAAAAUCCAGAAAGACGCAUGUCAAAAAUGUUAUAAAUUGAUUUGCAUUUUAAUGAGGGAAAUAAGUAUUCUGACCCCCUCUCAAUCAGAAAGAUUUCUGGCUCCCAGGUGUCUUUUUAUACAGGUAACGAGCUGAGAUUAGGAGCACACUCUUAAAGGGAGUGCUCCUAAUCUCAGCUUGUUACCUGUAUAAAAGACACCUGUCCACAGAAGCAAUCAAUCAAUCAGAUUCCAAACUCUCCACCAUGGCCAAGACCAAAGAGCUCUCCAAGGAUGUCAGGGACAAGAUUGUAGACCUACACAAGGCUGGAAUGGGCUACAAGACCACCCUCAAGGUCCCCCUGCUCAAGAAAGCACAUAUACAGGCCCGUCUGAAGUGUUGUGGUCAGAUGAGACCAAAAUCAAGCUCUUUGGCAUCAACUCAACUCGCCGUGUUUGGAGGAGGAGGAAUGCUGCCUAUGACCCCAAGAACACCAUCCCCACCGUCAAACAUGGAGGUGGAAACAUUAUGCUUUGGGGGUGUUUUUCUGCUAAGGGGACAGGACAACUUCACCGCAUCAAAGGGACGAUGGACGGGGCCAUGUACCGUAAAAUCUUGGGUGAGAACCUCCUUCCCUCAGCCAGGGCAUUGAAAAUGGGUCGUGGAUGGGUAUUCCAGCAUGACAAUGACCCAAAACACACGGCCAAGGCAACAAAGGAGUGGCUCAAGAAGAAGCACAUUAAGGUCCAGGAGUGGCCUAGCCAGUCUCCAGACCUUAAUCCCAUAGAAAAUCUGUGGAGGGAGCUGAAGGUUCGAGUUGCCAAACGUCAGCCUCGAAACCUUAAUGACUUGGAGAAGAUCUGCAAAGAGGAGUGGGACAAAAUCCCUCCUGAGAUGUGUGCAAACCUGGUGGCCAACUACAAGAAACGUCUGACCUCUGUGAUUGCCAACAAGGGUUUUGCCACCAAGUACUAAGUCAUGUUUUGCAGAGGGGUCAAAUACUUAUUUCCCUCAUUAAAAUGCAAAUCAAUUUAUAACAUUUUUGACAUGCGUUUUUCUGAAUUUUGUUGUUGUUAUUCUGUCUCUCACUGUUCAAAUAAACCUACCAUUAAAAUUAUAGGCUGAUCAUGUCUUUGUCAGUGGGCAAACUUACAAAAAUCAGCAGGGGAUCAAAUACUUUUUUUUCCCUCACUGUACUAAAUGGCCUGUAUAUGGCAACAUCUGUUCUGUAGUGUCGCUCUGGAUAGAAGCUUCUGCUAAAUUACCAUUAUUAUUAGAACAGCAUUUAGGAACGUGUGAAUCAGAUGGGAAAUGGUCUCUAAGUUCUCGUGGUUGCCAUGACAAUACAUAAUGCCUCUGGCUCUCUAUCAGAGCACGGUUUAGAGUAGUGUUGUGUGUUUGUGAGAGAGAGAGAUGUCUUGUCUGUGGACUCACUGUGUUCUGUGUCCAUGAGUAAAGCCUAUUCCUAAAAUAUUAUUCUGUCUCUUUACACUCACACAACAGAAGGGGGACUGGCCCAUGCACAAGUUGGAGUGUACAGCCAUGUGUUCCUAUGGGGAGAACUGGUGUCCAUCCGAGACCGUCAGAUUGGUGGCCAGGAUCAUCAUGAAACAGGUCAGUACGUGUGCAUUCGGAAAGUAUUCAGACCCCUUGACUUUUUCCACAUUUUUGUUAUGUUACUGCCUUAUUCUAAAAUUUAUUAAAUUAUUUGUUUUCCUCAUCAAUCUACACAGAAUACCCCAUAAUGACAAUGUGAAAACCAGGUUUUUAGACAUUCUUUCAAAUGUAAUAAAAUAAAAUAAAAAAACAGAAUACCUGAGACCCGAUCCAGGACCCGAAUACCUGAGACCCGAUCCAGGACCCGAAUACCUGAGACCCGAUCCAGGACCCGAAUACCUGAGACCCGAUCCAGGACCCGAAUACCUGAGACCCGAUCCAGGACCCGAACAGGCCUCCCGAGUGGCACAGUGGUCUAAGGCACUGCAUCGCAGUGCUAGCUGUGCCACUAGAGAUCCUGGUUCGUAUCCAGGCUCUGUCGUUGCCGGCCGCGACCGGGAGACCCAUGGGGCGGCGCACAAUUGGCCCAGCGUCGUCCAGGGUAGGGGAGGGAAUGGCCGGCAGGGAUGUAGCUCAGUUGGUAGAGCAUGGCGUUUGCAACGCCAGGGUUGUGGGUUCGAUUCCCACGGGGGGCCAGUAUGAAAAAUAAUGUAUGCACUCACUAACUGUAAGUCGCUCUGGAUAAGAGCGUCUGCUAAAUGACUUAAAUGUAAAUGUCUUGAUCCAGAAUUCUAAAUAAUGUCACAGGUCUGAGUCGGAACUGAUAUGAUUGUCCUCGGGUGUGUGUAAUUUUAACUGACUUGUCCAGAAAGGCCCGUACAGAUCCGAACGCAAAUGCCGCAGUACAGAGAGAAAAUGUUAUAAUUUAUGCUGCUGCGCUUGCUGUUAAUGAGCGUGGCGAGUGUAGCGUGUAGCGUGUUCUUGGUCAAUCCUCAGGCAGUAGGAUACGGUCAUAGAGCCUCUGUGUGGAAAAAGUUAGGAAAUAUCUAAUCAAUGGAAGAUGGAAUUAAAAUGAUUAAAGUUUAAAGCAAAGGUUAGGCUACAACGACCAAGAGCCAACAGGUAAGCUGCUACUUUAUAUUCUGAAUGGAGUAGUUGUUAUUUGUAACUGUAGGACGAGAAAGCGCAUGCGCUGCAGCCUCAAUUAGCCUAGCUAGCUAGCUUAACUAGCUUCUCCCGGUUUGCCUGCUAGAACGGCACCUCUCUCCCCCUCCCUCCUCUCUCGUUUUAUCAGCUCCGGUUCAUAAAGCAGCUUAAAAAUGGACUUUUCUGCUGCUUCCCUCGUUUGGAUCGGACCGGGUCUGGAUCCGACCAGGUUUAUACGGAACGGGUCUAGUUGUCCUCUGGUCCGUUCGGAACAGGUCUCCUAUAUUUUAAACAUUAAUUGAUGCAUAUCUGGUCACGGGUGGGAUAGCCCCAGGUCCAUUUCGUAACGGGUCAAACUUUUUAGACCCAUGAAGACCUCUAGCGUGUGCGCUUGCACGAAAAACAUUUAUGGGUCUAAUCAGAGAAUUGCAUAUAAAAUCCCUAUCAAUUUAGUAUGAUCUCUGUGGACCUAGUAAUGAUUGGUCAUAUAACUUUUAUCAUGCAUUACCUUUUUAAUGAUUGGUCAUGUAACUUUUAUCAUGCAUUACCUUUUUAAUGUGGCAUAAAUUAAAAAUGCCACAUUAAAAAGGUGGCAUAAAUUGACCUGUGGCAUAAACACAACCAGUCAUGAUGUUUUCAUCCGAUUGUCAAACAAUCACUUUAAAAAGGCGCUCCUGUUGGCUACCUGCAGGCGUCUGUCCACUCACAAAAUCAUUCCAGCAUCCAAACAGUGCACUGUGCACCCACAAUUUGAGGAUGCAAAGAGACAUCUUGUUACUUAAAACCUAAAGGUGUUUGUCAUUAGGUCCACAACACUUGUAGUCUGAAUUGAUGCGUCCACUGCUGUACACGCUCGUCUCAGUCUCGGACACUUAUCUCCGCCUUGGGAAACACGUUGUUCUCCUCUAACCGCAGUUUGGAGUCUAUACCGCCCCGUUUUAAAGUCAAUUCGCUCAUUUUCGCGCAGCUGACAUGCCGUAAACUAAGUAUUAAAUUGAAUUAAUAAAUAAUUAAUUAAAUUAGUAAUUAAAUAACGAUGUAAGUGCCUGUAGUUGUUUGAUUUAUUGUGACAGGCUCACGUUUUACCGCAAUUCUUUUUUUUGCCAGGAUGCCGUACCGGACCAUACCGGCUUACUUUCACUCGGGCUAUUUCCCCUAAAUGUUGCUGCUUUUGUCUUUGUGUGUUUUUCCAGAAAGUCACAACGGAACGGUCACAGUCAGAGAGGCUGUUACUCCUCAGCGAGUUUGAAGCCCGUAAGUACACAGAUUUAGAUGCAUAGUAGCCUACAUACCUGCUUUAUAGUGCACCAGGGUUGGGCUCAAUUCCAGUCAAUUCAGGAAGUACACUGAAAUUCACAUUUUCUUCAAUGCUUUUCAAUUAGGAAAAUGUGGAAUUGGAAUUUGGUUUACUUCCUGAAUUGAAUGGAAUUGAAAUAACUACUGAUUUUAAUGGUUCAAUAAGACAUCUGAACUUAGUUAUGUGUUUUUGUUUUUUGUUGAGUCAAUUAGACCAUGUCAAGCUUACCUUUAAAUUUUUUUUAUUUUACCUCAUUGGUUCUGCUUUGUAGUAUACCCCCUUGUUUCUAACCCGGCCUGGAACCCAGUAGCCUCAGCAGCCACCCUGCAUCCCACUGCUGCUGAGGCUACUGGUCCUGGGGUCCAAACAGAAAACAACAUAAUAAUAAACAUGAAUAUACAGCACCACAUUUACAUUACAAUUCAGCCAUUCAGCAGAAGGUCACAUCCAGAGCAAUCCGUAGCUGGUGCAUUCAUCUUAAGAUAGCCAGGCGAGACAACCACAUAUCACAGUCAAAUCCCAACCACGUAUCACAUACAUAAUACAAUACAAUACAAAAUGUCUUCUCUCCUCUCUCCUCUCCCCCUUUCCCCCUCUCCUCUCCCCCUUUCCCCCUCUCCUCCCCUCCUCCCCCUCCUCCACUCCUCUCCCCCUCCUUCUCUCCCCCUCUCUCCUCUCCCCCUCUUUCUCUCCUCUCCCCCUACCUCCUCUCCUCUCCCCUCCCCUUCUCUCCCCUCUCUCCUCUCCCCCUCUCUCCCUCUUUCUCUCCUCUCCUUCUUUCUCUCCUUCUCUCUCUCCUCUCUCCUCUCCCCCUCCUUCUCUCUUCUCUCCUCUCCCCCUCCUUCUCUCCCCUCCUUCCUCUCCUCUCCCCCUCCUUCUCUCUCCUCUCCCCCUCCUUCUCUCCCCCUCCUUCUCUCCUCCUCCUUCUCUCCCCCUCUCUCCUCUUCCCCCCUCCUUCUCUCCCCCUCCUUCUCUCCCCCUCUCUCCUCUCCCCCUCCUUCUCUCCCCCUCUCUCCUCUCCCCCUCUCUCCUCUCCCCCUCUCCUUCUCUCCUCUCUCCUUUCCUCUCCUCUCCUUCUCUCCCCCUCUCUCCUCUCGUUAUCAGACCUGGAUAAGUUGAACAGUGAGAAGAAUGAGAUGAAUCAGACAGACAUAGCAGCACUGCAUCAUUUCUACUCUAGACACAUAGACUUCCCUGAUGACCAAACCCUCACUGUGCUCUUUGGACAGGUAAGGAUAAGAUCUAGUUUUAUGUUUCAGCAGGUCUGCAUCAUUUCUACUGUAUUCACCAGUGGCCUCACCAUGCAAUGUCAGCGUUUGACUUCCUGGUUGCUCUGGGUUGGCCCUCAGCUGUUGACAGCCAAUCACAUGCAGCUGCUGCCCCUUCCUAGGAUUCCUUCCUCGCCCUUUUAAGGACUUUGUCACACUACACAGAACCCCUCUCUUUCUCUCUCUCUCUCUCUCUCCAACUCUCUUUCUCUGGACAGAUUUCUAUCUUCUCCCUCUCCCAUUUUUCAAAUGCAUGUUUCCUGCUCCCUUCUACAACUCUCUCUGUCACCCCCCCCCCCUCUCCCCCCUCUCUGUCACCCCUCCCUGUCCCCCUGCUCUCUGUCACUCCCCCUCCCCCCUCUUUGUCACUCCCCGUCACUCUCCCUCCCCCUCUGUCUCCCCCCUGUCUGUCGCUCUCCCUCCCCCCUCUGUCUCCCCCCUCUCUGUCGCUCUCCCUCCCCCCUCUGCCACCCCCCCUCCCCCCUCUCUGUCGCUCUCCCUCCCCCCUCUGUCACCCCCCCUCUCUGUCGCUCUCCCUCCCCCCUCUGUCACCCCCCCCCUCUCUGUCGCUCUCCCCUCCCCCCUCUGCCACCCCCCCUCCCCCCCUCUCUGUCGCUCUCCCCUCCCCCUCUGUCACCCCCCCCCUCUCUGUCGCUCUCCUCCCUCCCCCCUCUGUCUCCCCCCUCUCUGUCGCUCUCCCCUCCCCCCUCUGCCACCCCCCCCUCCCCCCCUCUGUCGCUCUCCCUCCCCCCUCUGUCACUCCCCCCUCCCCCCUCUCUGUCGCUCCCUCCCCUCCCCCCUCUGUCACCCCCUCCCCCCUCCGUCUGCUGUCGCUCCCCUCCCCCCUCUGUCUCCCCCCCUCUCUGUCGCUCUCCCUCCCCCCUCUGUCACCACCCCCCCUCUCGGCCGCUCCUCCCGUCCCCCCUCUGUCUCCCCCCGCUCCGUCGCCCCUCCCUCCCCCCCAUCUGUCACCAACCCCCCAUCCCCCCUGCUCUGUCGACUCCCCUCCCCCCUCCUCCCUCCCCCCCUCUCUCGUCCGCUCCGCCCUCCCGCCCCUCUGUCCACCCCCCCCUCUGGCGCUCUCUCCCUCACCCCUCUGUCGCCCUCCCCCCUCUUGUCGCUCUCCCUUCGCUCCCUCCCCCUCUGCCACCACCCACCUCCCCCUCCUGUCGCUCUCCUCCCCCCCUCUGUCCCUCUCCCCCCCUCGCUGUCGCUCUCCCUCCCCCCUCUGCCACCCCCCCCCCCCCCCUCCCCCCUCUCUGUCGCUCUCCCAUCCCCCCUCUGUCCACCCCCCUCCCCCCUCUCGUCGCUCUCCCUCCCCCCCCCUCGUUCCUCCCCCUCGCGUCGCGCUCCCCUCCACCCCUCUCUGUCCCUCCCCCCCCUCCCCCCCUCUCCCUCCCCCCCCUCUGUCUCCCCCCCCUCUCCCCCUCCCCGUCGCUCUCCCUCCCCCCCUCUGUCCCUCCCCCCCCUCCCCCCCUCCCCCCUCUGUCCCUCCCCCCUCCCCCCUCUGUCUCCCCCCCCUCUCUGUCGCUCUCCCCCCCCCCUUCCCCGUCCCCCCCUGUCUCCCCCUCUCUGUCGCUCUCCCCCUCUCUCCCCCCUCUCUGUCGCUCUCCCUCCCCCCUCUGCCCCCCCCCUCUCUGUCGCUCUCCCCCUCCUCCCCCCUCUCUGUCCCUCUCCCCCCCUCUGUCCUCUCCCCCCCCCUCUGUCCCCCCCCCCUCUCGUCCCUCCCUCCCCCCUCUCUCCCCCCCUGUCUCCCCCCUCUCUGUCGCUCUCCCUCCCCCCUCUGUCCCCCUCCCCCCUCUCUGUCGCUCUCCCUCCCCCCUCUGUCUCCCCCCUCUCUCUCGUCCUCUCCCCUCCCCCCUCUGUCACCCCCCCCCCCUCUGUCGCUCUCCCCUCCCCCCCCUCCCCCCUCUCUGUCCUCCCCCCCCCUCUGUCCCCCCCCUCUCUGUCGCUCUCCCCCCCCCCCCUGUCACCCCCCCCCCCCCUCUCUGUCCUCUCCCUCCCCCCUCUGUCCCCCCCUCCCUCCUCCCUCCCCUGUCACCCCCCCCCCCCUCUCUGUCGCUCUCCCUCCCCCCUCUGUCCCCUCCCCCCUCUCUGUCGCCCCUCCCCCUCUCCCCCUCCUGUCACCCCCCCCCCCCUCCCCCCUCUGGUCGCUCUCCUCCCCCCCCCCCCCCUCCUCCUGUCGCGCCUCCCUCCCCCCUCUGUCCCCUCCCCCCCUCUGUCGCUCUCCCUCCCUCCCUCCCUCCUCACCCCCCCUCCCCCCCCCUCUCUGUCGCUCUCCCUCCCCCCUCUGUCCCUCCCCCUCCCCCUCUCUGUCGCUCUCCCCUCCCCCCUCUGCUCACCCCCCUCCCUCUCUCGUCUCCCUCCCCCCUCUGUCACCCCCCCCUCUCUGUCGUCUCUCCCCUCCCCUCUGUCUCCCCCCCUCUCUUCGCUCUCCCUCCCCCUCUGUCACCCCCUCCCCCUCUCUGGUCCCCCCUCCCUCCCCCCCUCUGCACAACCCUGAGGCGCAUCUCCUAUCGCUCUCCUUUCUCUCUUGGUCCGCCCUGGGGUCUACCUAGCUCGUUGUUCAUUCCUAUCGCAGCCUGGGGUCCUAACCUCAUCGCUUUUAGUUUCAUCCCUUAGUCAGGACCACCCUGAGGGUCUACCUACCCGUUAGUUUCUUCAUUGUCGGACAGCCUUCUACCAUAGCCGUUAGUCAUCUUUCCCCCUCGGGUUCUACCCUACUUUUCGGUUUCCCUUCCCCUUGUCAGACAGACCUGAGGGAUCUAACCUAUAGCGUUUAGUUUCAUUCCAUUAGUCAGGACAGACCUGAGGGAUCUAACCUAUAGCGUUUAGUUUCAUUCCAUUAGUCAGGACAGACCACUUUAACAUGCCUUGUAUUUGGCAUUACACUGGUGCUCGCUCGCUCGCUCUCAAUUCAAUUUAAUAAAUGCUUUAUUGGCAUGAAUGGGUUGUUGCCACUGUUGCCAAAGCAUUGUAUAUAAAGGAUUACAUAGAUGAACAAUAUGUUUAAGCAACAAUCAUUUUCUCUGUUGCUCUCCCCCCCCCCCCCCCCCCCGUUGCUCUCCCCCCCCCCCCCCCCCCCCCCCCCUGUUGCUCUCCCCCCCCGCCCCCCCCCCUGUUGCUCUCCCUCCCCCCCCCCCCCCCGUUGCUCUCCCCCCCCGCCCCCCCCUGUUGCUCUCCCCCCCCCCCCCCCCCUGUUGCUCUCCCCCCCCCCCCCCCCCCCGUUGCUCUCCCCCCCCCCCCCCCCCCCUGUUGCUCUCCCCCCCCCCCCCCCCCCCCCCCCCUGUAGGUAAACUGUAAUGGCUUCACCAUAGAGGAUGAGGAACUGUCUCACCUGGGCUCUGCUGUGUUCCCUGAGUAAGUCUACAGUGUCAUCUCUGUCUGACCCCAUUCACACCACUGCAAUGGCAGUACAGGGACAGUACACACAUUAUAAAUCAUUGAGGAUGGAUGACACAAAGUUAUCACCAAAGGUAUUAUCUAACUCUCUCUCUCUCUCUCUCUCUCUCUCUCUCUCUCUCUCUCUCUCUCUCUCUCUCUCUCUCUCUCCUCUCUUCUCUCUCUCUCUCUCCCUCUCUCUCUCUCCUCUCUCUCUCGUCUUCUCCCCCCUCUCCCUCCCUCCAGUGUAGCGUUGAUGAACCAUAGUUGUAGUCCUAACGUCAUCGUCACCUACAGGGGGACAGUAGCAGAGGUACGAGCCGUGCAGGACAUCCAGCCUGGAGACGAGGUGAGACCUGGACUGAACACACACAUACUGUACACACAUACCCAGGCCUCUAACCCUGGCCUCUAACCCUGGCCUCUAACCCUGUCCUCUAACCCUGGCCUCUAACCCUGUCCUCUAACCCUGGCCUCUAACCCUGGCCUCUGGCCUCUAACCCUGGCCUCUGGCCUCUAACCCUGGCCUCUAACCCUGGCCUCUAACCCUGGCCUCUAACCCUGUCCUCUAACCCUGGCUUCUAACCCUGGCCUCUAACCCUGGCUUCUAACCCUGGCCUCUAACCCUGUCCUCUAACCCUGGACUCUAACCCUGGCCUCUAACCCUGGCCUCUGGCCCUGGUUUCUAACCCUGGUCUCUAACCCUGGCCUCUAACCCUGGCCUCUAACCCUGGUCUCUAACCCUGACCUCUAACCCAGGCCUCUAACCCUGGCCUCUAACCCUGACCUCUAACCCUGGCCUCUGGCCUCUAACCCUGGCCUCUAACCCUGGUCUCUAACCCUGACCUCUAACCCAGGCCUCUAACCCUGGCCUCUAACCCUGACCUCUAACCCUGGCCUCUGGCCUCUAACCCUGGCCUCUAACCCUGUCCUCUAACCCUGGCCUCUAACCCUGGCCUCUGGCCUCUAACCCUGGCCUCUGGCCUCUAACCCUGGCCUCUGGCCUCUAACCCUGGCCUCUAACCCUGUCCUCUAACCCUGGCCUCUAACCCUGGCCUCUGGCCUCUAACCCUGGCCUCUGGCCUCUAACCCUGGCCUCUAACCCUGGCCUCUAACCCUGGCCUCUAACCCUGGCCUCUAACCCUGGUCUCUAACCCUGUCCUCUAACCCUGGCUUCUAACCCUGGCCUCUAACCCUGGCUUCUAACCCUGGACUCUAACCCUGGCCUCUAACCCUGGCCUCUGGCCCUGGUUUCUAACCCUGGUCUCUAACCCUGGCCUCUAACCCUGGCCUCUAACCCUGAUCUCUAACCCUGGCCUUUAACCCUGAUCUCUAACCCUGGCCUCUAACCCUGGCCUCUAACCCUGGCCUCUAACCCUGACCUCUAACCCUGGCCUCUAACCCUGGCCUCUAACCCUGGCCUCUAACCCUGGCCUCUAACCCUGACCUCUAACCCUGACCUCUAACCCUGACCUCUAACCCUGGCCUCUAACCCUGGCUUCUAACCCUGGCCUCUAACCCUGGCCUCUAACCCUGGCCUCUAACCCUGGCCUCUAGCCCUGACCUAUAACCCUGACCUUAUGAACUCCUUCCUGUCCCUCUGUGUAGAUCUUCAACAGUUACAUUGACCUGCUCUACCCGACGGACGACAGGAACGAGAGACUGAGAGAUUCUUACUUCUUUACCUGCGUGUGUGAUGAGUGUGCCACCCGGUCUAAGGUACAGUACAAUAACCUGAUAAGGUACAGUGUAAUAACCUGAUAAGGUACAGUGUAAUAACCUGAUAAGGUACAGUACAAUAACCUGAUAAGGUACAGUGUAAUAACCUGAUAAGGUACAGUGUAAUAACCUGAUAAGGUACAGUGUAAUAACCCGAUAAGGUACAGUACAAUAACCUGAUAAGGUACAGUGUAAUAACCUGAUAAGGUACAGUACAAUAACCUGAUAAGGUACAGUACAAUAACCUGAUAAGGUACAGUACAAUAACCUGAUAAGUUACAGUACAACAACCUGAUAAGGUACAGUACAAUAACAUGAUAAGGUACAGUGUAAUAACCUGAUAAGGUACAGUACAAUAACCUGAUAAGGUACAGUACAAUAACCUGAUAAGGUACAGUGUAAUAACCUGAUAAGGUACAGUACAAUAACCUGAUAAGGUACAGUACAAUAACCUGAUAAGGUACAGUACAAUAACCUGAUAAGGUACAGUGUAAUAACCUGAUAAGGUACAGUACAAUAACCUGAUAAGGUACAGUUUAACCCGGUCUAAGAUACAGUACAAUAACCUGAUAAGGUACAGUUUAACCCGGUUAAGAUACAGUUACAAUAACACAACCAUGAUAAGGUACCGGUUAACCCGGUCUAAGAUACAGUACAAUAACCUGAUAAGGUACCGUUUAACCCGGUCUAAGAUACAGUACAAUAACCUGAUAAGGUACAGUUUAACCCGGUCUAAGAUACAGUACAAUAACCUGAUAAGGUACAGUUUAACCCGGUCUAAGAUACAGUACAAUUACCUGAUAAGGUACAGUUUAAACCCGGUCCUAAGAUACAGUACAAACUUCUUUAACUUGUAAAAUUACCUUAAUAACCUACAUGAUUACACUCUAUCUAAUAACCAGCAUUUACUACAUGUCUACUAUAACCUCAGAUCUACACUACUGAUUCUAUACUAAAGUCUAUACUGAUUACUACUAUACUGCCAUUUAACUAACUAUACCACUGGCAUCUACUACUACUGACUUACUAUAACUAUAACGAUCUAUAUACGCACUCUAAUACUAAACCCUACUACUGCAUCUUACUAUACUGCCAUCCUAGUAAUACUACUACUGCCAUCUCUACUACUAUGCCAUCUCUAUACUAAACUACUAUAGCCAUUUACUACUACUGCAUCUUACUAUAAUACUACUACUGCCACUCUAUACUACUACUUACUACUAAACUACUCUAUGCCAUUACUAACUAAAUACUAUACUAACUGCCAUCUUCUAUCUAAACUACAUACUACUAAGACCAUUGUCUACUACUACAACUAUAUACUAACUGCCUAAUUCAUUCUACUACUAACUAAUACAUUACUUACUGCAUCUAUACUACUUAAAACUGACUACUACUAGCAUCUCUACUACUAACCAAACAUACUACUACUACUGCAUCUCUACUACUAAAACUCUAUACUACUGCCAUCUCUACUACUAAACUACUAACUUACUUGCCAUCUUACUACUAAACCUACUAGCUUAAUCUGCCAUCUCUACUACUAAAACUACUAUACUACUGCCAUUCUACUAAAAUAUUCUACUAAACUCAACUACUACUGCCAUCUCUACUACUAAACUACUACUACUGCAUCUCUACUACUAAACUACUACUACUGCCAUCUCUACUACUAAACUACUACUACUGCCAUCUCUAACUACUAAACUACUACUACUGCCAUCUCUACUACUAAACUACUACUACUGCCAUCUCUACUACUACUGCCAUCUCUACUACUAAACUUACUACUACCUACUACUAGCUCAUCUCUACUACUAAACUCAUACUACUCUACUACAACUUACUAUCUGCCAUCUCUACUACUAAACUACUCCUACUGCCAUCUCUAUCUACUACUACUACUGCAUUCUACUACUAACUACUACUGCCAUUCUACUAAACCUACUAUCACUAACUACACUACUACUCCCUUAUACUACCUACUACUGCCAUCUCUACUACUAAACUACUACUUACUGCCAUCUCUACUACUAACUCCUACUACUGCCUCUCUACUACUAAACUACUACUACUGCCAUCUUACUACUACUCAUCUCUACUACUACUUACUACUGCCAUCUCUACUACUAAAACUACUACUACUGCCAUCUCUACUAUACUAACACUACUACUACUACUGCCAUCUCUACACUACUAAACUACUACUACUGCCAUCUCUACUACUAAAACUACUCUACUAUCCUACUACGUCUGCCAUCUCUACAUAAACUACUACUGCCAUCUCUACUACUAAACUACUACUCACUCGCCAUCUCACUAUAAUCUACUGCAUCUCACUACUAAACCUACUACUGCCUCUACUACUACUAAAACUACUACUACUGCAUCUCUACUACUAACUCUACUACGCCAUCUCUACUACUAACUCCUACUACUGCCAUCUCUACUUACUAACGCCAUCUCACUACUAACACUACACACUGCCAUCUCUCCUACUACUACAUGCCACCCUCUACUACUAAACUACUACUACUGCCAUCUCUACUAACUACUAACUGCUCCUCCACUCUGCAUCUCUACUACUAACACUACCUGCCAUCUACUACUACUACUGCCAUCUCACUACUAACUACUCUACUGCCAUCCUACUACUCCAUCUACUUAAAGCUCUCACUACUAUAAUGCCUCCUACUACUGCAUCUACUACUACUACUCUGCCAUCUCUACUACUACUAAUGCACUACUUACCUUCUACUACUCACUACUACUACUGCCAUCUCUACACUACUACUAUACUGCACUCACUACUACUACUACUCAUCCCUCUCUACUACUACUAUACUACUGCCAUAUCUAUACUACACUGCAUCUAAACUACUACUACUGCCAUCUCUACUACUAAACUACUACUACUGCCAUCUCUACUACUAAACUACUACUACUGCCAUCUCUACUACUACUGCCAUCUCUACUACUAAACUACUACUACUGCCAUCUCUACUACUACUGCCAUCUCUACUACUAAACUACUACUACUGCCAUCUCUACUACUACUGCCAUCUCUACUACUAAACUACUCCUACUGCCAUCUCUACUACUAAACUACUACCACUGCCAUCUCUACUACUAAACUACUACUAAACAUCCCUUUUGCAGGACCCUGUCUUUCAAAGAUAAUUCGUAAAAAUUCAAAUAACUUCACAGAUCUUCAUUGUAAAGGGUCCCUGCUCGUCUGCGUGAACGUGCCUUAGGCAUGCUGCAAGGAGGCAUGAGGACUGCAGAUGUGGCCAGGGCAAUAAAUUGCAAUGUCUGUACUGUGAGACGCCUAAGACAAUAUUACAGGGAGACAGGGAGACAGGACGGACAGCUGAUCGUCCUUGCAGUGGCAGACCACGUGUAACAACACCUGCACCGGAUCGGUACAUCCGAACAUCAAACCUGAGGGACAGGUACAGGAUGGCAACAACAACUGCCCGAGUUACACCAGGAAUGCACAAUCCCUCCAUCAGUGCUCAGACUGUCCGCAAUAGGCUGAGAGAGGCUGGACUGAGGGCUUGUAGGCCUGUUGUAAGGCAGGUCCUCACCAGACAUCACCGGCAACAAUGUCGCCUAUGGGCACAAGCCAACCGUCGCUGGACCAGACAGGACUGGCAAAAAGUGCUCUUCACUGACGAGUCGCGGUUUUCUCUCACCAGGGGUGAUGGUCGGAUUUGCGUUUAUCGUCGAAGGAAUGAGCGUUACACCAAGGCCUGUACUCUGGAGCGGGAUCAAUUUGGAGGUGGAGGGUCUGUCAUGGUCUGGGGCGGUGUGUCACAGCAUCAUCGGACUGAGCUUGUUGUCAUUGCAGGCAAUCUCAACGCUGUGCGUUACAGGGAAGAUAUCCUCCUCCCUCAUGUGGUACCCUUCCUGCAGGCUCAUCCUGACAUGACCCUCCAGCAUGACACUGCCACCAGCCAUACUGCUCGUUCUGUGCGUGAUUUCCUGCAAGACAGGAAUGUCAGUGUUCUGCCAUGGCCAUCGAAGAGGCCGUAUCUCAAUCCCAUUGAGCACGUCUGAGACCUGUUGGAUCGGAGGGUGAGGGCUAGGGCCAUUCCCCCCAGAAAUACCAGGGAACUUGCAGGUGCCUUGGUGGAAGAGUGGGGUAACAUCUCACAGCAAGAACUGGCAAAUCUGGUGCAGUCCAUGAGAAGGAGAUGCACUGCAGUACUUAAUGCAGCUGGUGGCCACACCAGAUACUGACUGUUACUUUUGAUUUGACCCCCCCCCCCCUUUGUUCAGGGACACAUUAUUCAAUUUCUGUUAGUCACAUGUCUGUGGAACUUGUUCAGUUUAUGUCUCAGUUGUUGAAUCUCGUUAUGUUCAUACAAAUAUUUACACAUGUUAAGUUUGCUGAAAAUAAACGCAGUUGACAGUGAGAGGACGUUUCUUUUUUUGCUGAGUUUAUUACUACUGCUGCUACUACUACUACUACUACUACUACUACUACUACUACUACUACUACCACUACUGCUACUACUACUACAGCUACUACUACUUCUACUACUACUAUUACUACUAUUACUACUACUACUACUACUACUACUACCUUAAAUACUUCAAGCACACACAUUUUUGUCAGGAAAUGUCCUUUUGUAGUCUCUACUUGUAAUAACAAUAACUGCAACGCUUUGAUUCCCCUCUGCUGUCUAUAGCAGCAUUUCCCCAACUCGGUCCUGGUGACCCCCGGGUGCACAUUUUUGCCCUAGAACUAAACAGCUGAUUCAAAUAAUCAAAUGUUUGACGAUGAGUUGAUUAGUGGAAUCAGGUGGAAUCACCAAUCAACUCAUCAAACCUUUGAGAGAAAGAGAGAGAAUACCUUUGUGUAGUGCUAGGGCAAAAACCUAAAUGUGUACCCUCCCCUCUUACCUCCUCCCAUACUAAACAGGGACUAGACAACUCCUAAAACUGGGUGGGUCACACACUGUGAAUGCAGCAACGGUGUGGGACGCACUGCAGUAAAGACUGCAGAACUCCGUGUUCUUGGUCUGUUUUGUGUGUUUAUAGGUCGGAGUGUGUCCUCAUUGUGUCCAAACUAGAAUACAUUCCCCUCUGGAGCCAUUCUAGCCCUGUUUUACCCCAAACCCUGACUUGGAUCUUCUCUCCUCUCUCUCUUCUUCCCUCUCUCCUCCCUCCCUCCCUCUCUCCUCCCUCCUUCUCUCCUCCCUCCUUCUCUCUCCCUCCCUCUUUCUAGGAUGGAGCUAAGAUGGAGCUUCGUAAGUUGAGCUCUCCCCCCGAGCCAGAGGAGGUCAGAGAAAUGGUUCGCUACGCCAGGAAUGUUAUUGAAGAGUUCCGUAGAGCUAAGCACUACAAGAAUAUCCUUUUCUUUCCCUACUGUACACCUCUUCGUUUCUAUACCUUCUCUACUGUAAACCUCUUCGUUUCUAUACCUUCUCUGCUCUCUCUACUGUAA